CCAUCUCGUCUCCGUCACCGUCGCGUCGCGCCGCCUCCGUCCGCAUCUCCUCCGUCAGAAUCGCCACAGUCCGCUGCGGUGUUGCACAACCUCGGUUCGCCGCCUCGCUGCAUCGCCGUCGUCUACAUCUCCUCCGUCAGAUGCUGCAUCGCCUUGCCUUCGACCACUGUCGCCGCAUCGCCUCACAUCCGACCACCAUUGCAUAAGCUCGUCUCCGAUCGCCGCUGUGACUCAUCGCCUCCACCCGCCACUUUAAACGGAAUAAGAAUGCGGCGGAUCUCUGAAGAAGGCUUGCUGCUGGAAUUCUGGAAAGACCCGGAGAGGUUGGUGCUGGUUGUUGUCGAGAAACCAGAUGGCAAGAAAAAUUGGAUACUUACAGAUCAGCACUCUAAUGUUCUGGUCACCCAGUUGUACUUUCUGGUUUUUCUGAUUAUGCAAAAUGGAAACAUGACAUCUAUUAAGCCACAACAAAUUACUUUCAUUGUUCCUGGUGUCGACAAUUUGCUUGCCUGCCAACAAAAUUUUAUUAGAAGACCAUUGUUAAAUGAAGAUGAAUCCGGAUUCAAGAGAGCCAAAAUACCUAUUUACUAUGAUAGAGGUUUAGAAGUAAAUGUGCCGUCAAAGCGCAAUAUGGAGUAUCGAUUAAUAAUACAUCAGGAUAUGCAUCCUUUGACAAUGAAGAAUCAGAGGUCAAGUUGUGGAUGCUAUGGAGACCAAGUUUACAGAUUGAAAGCACAACUUGUGGGUCGUGAACUUAUGGAUAAGCUCAAAAAGUUCAUGGACAGUUUAAAAAAUUAUAUUCGUGAAGAAUUUAUUGAUUACCUUAUCGAACAAACAUGUGUUAGAGAUAAUUCAUUCAACCUGCCAUCGGGUCAAAGGUCCUUGCAAGGGAUAAGUAAGUUUCACGCUGUUCACCAAAAUCCCCCGGCACCUCUUCAUGCCGGAGGUGAAGGCCUUGGAUGGUCGUCGUUGGUUUCGGCAAUGAGAAGGAACGUUUUUGAGAAAAUUUUUACGGGGUUGAUGUUGCUCAGAAGAGAAAAUUGUUGGAAAUACAAAGGAAAUAAGAACAUGAAAUGUGUGAGCUCUAAGGACAUACCAUAA